AAGACAGAUUUGAGGUUAGAUACAGAUAACGAUUCUCAUUAUUCGAUCGUUUUCCGUUAUCGUCUCGUCUCCUUCCAUUAUCGGGCCCUAUCCAAGAUUUUUCGUGUAUAAGAAUGUGCCAUUUCUCCUCUCUGUUCCCCAACUUCACUUUCGCUUCUGACUCUUUCUUCAACUUCUGAAAAGCCCUUCCUCUGUGUUCUUGGCCUGUAAGUGAGGAGUGUCGGCAUCAGCCAGAGAAGAUCCAGUUACGAUAGAGGAACAUGGUUGCCUUUGGGAAGAAGCUGAGAGAAAAUCAAAUUCAAGAAUGGCAAGGGUACUACAUAAACUACAAACUUUUGAAGAAAAUGGUCAAAAGACAUGCACGUCAAAUUGAAGUUGAGAGGCAAGACCACCACCAUAUUCUCAAGGACUUCUCAAGGUUGCUGGAUAAACAGAUUGAGAAGAUUGUACUGUUUCUGCUUGAACAACAAGGACUCCUCGCAAGAAGGUUGUUUACACUGGGAGAGUGGCAUGAUGUCCUCUUGCAGCAGACAGAAGGAUUAUCAAUAUCUGAAUUGCAAGAAGCAUAUAGGGAAGUGGGACGGGAUCUCUUGAGACUUCUAUAUUUUGUUGAGAUGAAUGCUGUUGGCUUGCGUAAGAUACUGAAAAAAAUUGACAAGCGCUUUGGCUACAAGUUCACAGAUUAUUACGUCAAAACUCGUGCAAAUCAUCCCUAUUCUGAGCUGCGGCAAGUGUUUAAGCAUGUGGGUAUAGGUGCUGUAGUAGGUGCGGUUUCUCGCAACUUGGCUGAUCUUAAAGAGCAUCAUGGGGAUUUUGUGUCUAUAUAUGACCAGCCUGCCUUUUCUGAUCAGGAUCCAGUCAUUGACUCUAUCAAAGCAGCUGUGAACAGGUUAUCAAACUCUACGGAUUUUCUCCAUUAUUUGAGCAAACAUGCCCUUAUCAUGCGAGAGGAAUUACCGGAUCCAUCUGAGGAUGACGAUGUUGAACAGAGAUACCAUUCUAUGUCUCUUCUUCUGAACUUGGCAAACACGUUUCUGUAUAUGGUCAAUACAUAUAUAGUUGUUCCAACAGCAGAUGAUUAUUCCUUGAGCCUUGGUGCUGCAGCCACUGUUUGUGGUGUAGUGAUCGGUUCAAUGGCAGUUGCUCAAAUGUUUUCCUCAGUUUACUUCAGUGCUUGGUCAAACAGAUCAUAUCUCCGGCCUCUUUUGUUCAGUAGCUUUGUUCUUCUUGUGGGAAACAUUUUGUAUGCUCUGGCAUACGAUCUCAAUUCUUUAUCAGUUCUUCUGAUCGGUCGUCUGUUCUGUGGGUUGGGUUCUGCAAGAGCUGUCAACAGGCGUUACAUCAGUGAUUGUGUGCCCCUUAAAUUGCGAAUGCAGGCUUCUGCAGGCUUUGUGACUGCCAGUGCCCUAGGAAUGGCGUGUGGUCCAGCACUUGCUUGCUUAUUUCAGACUCAUUUUAAGGUUUACAUGAUCACUUUCAAUGAGGAGACUUUGCCUGGUUGGGUUAUGGCUCUGGCAUGGCUUAUCUAUCUACUGUGGUUGUGGUUAAGUUUUAGAGAACCUCCACAUGAGCCUAAAAAUAAGACUGUUUUCCACGAGCCUAAUGCAGCAGUCCUGGUGAAUGAUGCUGUUGAGUGUGGUAGCACUCAACAAUUGCUUCUGAACUCAAGGGUAAAUUCACAAGAAGGAUGUGAGGAUGAAGUGCAAGAAUGUGAUGAUGACGAAGAGCACUCACAUGAGAAGCACAAACCCGUUAAUUCAAUUUUAUCAGCAUAUAGGUUACUAACACCAUCUGUCAAGGUUCAGUUAUUGAUUUACUUCAUGCUGAAAUAUGCAAUGGAGAUUUUGCUUGCUGAGUCAAGUGUUGUCACGGCUCAUUACUUCAUCUGGUCAACAAAUAGUGUGGCGAUAUUUCUUGCAUGUCUUGGAUUGACGGUGCUUCCUGUAAACAUUGUUGUUGGAAACUACAUCAGCAACAUUUUUGAAGAAAGGCAAAUUUUGUUGGCAUCAGAAAUUAUGGUCUGCAUCGGUAUACUUUUGAGCUUCCACAUAUUCAUUCCGUACUCUGUGCCUCAGUACGUCUGCUCUGCACUUGUAACGUUCGUUUCUGCUGAAGUCCUUGAGGGUGUGAACUUGUCUCUACUAUCGAGGGUCAUGUCAUCAAGGCUUUCCCGCGGGACCUACAAUGGCGGAUUACUUUCAACAGAAGCCGGGACUCUUGCCCGGGUAAUUGCUGAUGGAACGAUCACUUUGUCCGGAUACUUGGGCGAGAAUAGGCUGCUAAAUGUCACCCUUGUUCCUUCGCUCUUCAUCUGUAUCUCCUCCAUUGCAGCUACUUUUUUCACGUACAACUCUUUGUACUAGUAGAGCAACUCUUGUCCUCUCCCAACCAGCCUUUUGCAGUAGUUUAUCACAUUACUGGAUCUAAUAAAUAGUCUGCGGUUUGUAACUUAUGUGUACCUCUAGUUUGUUAGUCAAUAACGUAUUAGAUUAGAUUAGUUAUUGUGUUCGCAAAAGCGGGUGGACAUUCUACGACUAAUUUGACCUCCUUUUCCCCGUAUAGAAAAUAAUACUGCUGGAUUAGCCA